AUGGCACGCUAUAGUGCACCUCCUCCGAAUGCACAGCGAGCAUCUGCCACACCAAGGCAGGCACCGGCAUUGGAUCCAGCCUCGCAAAUUAUUAUGUCACAUGCCCAAUUUCUCUUAGCACAAACUAAGCAAAAUGUCCAGCAUUUGGCCGCCACCAAUACACUCGACCCCUUGGUGUGCCGUCAGCUACAAGCGAUCCUUGAAUCCGCUCGUAUUCAGCCUCCGCCAGCACCGCCAGCACCUGCUCCUACAACAGUAGCGAAGAAAGAUGCGAAAAAGGAACUGAAAGGGAAGAAUAAAUGGGCGCACGACGUCAUCUCCGAGACGUCCCUGCUUCCAACAUUGGUGGACACGGCAUUGUCGGCUGCAGCAGGCCCUUUGAUCUCUUCAGGUCAACGGGAGGCAAUUGUAGAGCUUGUAUCUAUGUCGCAAAAGAAAAUCGCUGAGACGAUCACAGACCCUGAGCGGCAAGCAGCUGCCCAAGCCUGGACGCGUCGGUCGACCGAAACGGCCCAACAAAACCUACGUACAGGCUUCCAGAAUACGGGCAAGAACUGGUCAAAGUGGUCACAGCGACUCGAUGAAGAGGCGGGCAUACGUCGAAAUGAUCGGAAAGAGAAGAAAGCGUUGGAAGAAGAGCUUUUGCGCGAACGCGAGCAAUUUGUCGGACACUCCGGCGGAGGAGAUGUCGUGCGACGUGGCGCAAUGGACAGCACCUUGGCAGUAGAGGCGAACAAUCCAGCAUCCGCAAGUGUGGCUUGCUUCCCGUCCGACCAAUUUGCCGAUGAGGCUCACGAGGGGUCUACAUCGAAUGCUGGCGCCGUCACUACUACAUUCUCGCCUUGGCCUGGUCUGAUCUUAACAAUGUCGACAGUGGCUACGAGUGUGUCUGUGGAUAGCACUGUGAUGGCGGACCAGGGUACGGACCACCGCAGCUUACCCCCUCCACCGCCAUCGGCUCAGCCGGAACUACCGCCCAAACCAUCGAUUCACAGCCAGGUGCAACCUCCUCCCGCACGCAAAACGACGAACAACUCUUCGUUCUUCUCCCCUAUGUCCUCGAGCCACCCAAUUCCCUCGGCGGUAGAGUCAUCGGUCACGGCGCCGCCUGUAACCGACGAUAUGCAAGCUGUCCCCCCGCCGACGUACUCCCCAGCGCCCUCUGUGCAUUCUCACUCGUCGCAUCAUCCCUAUGCACAGCCACCUUCUCAUGCACACCCUCCUCCCCCAGGACACGCGAGCGCACACCAUUCGUAUGGCACACCGCCGCCUCCUGUGCACCACCAUCAUCAUCAUGACCACGGUGUUCCUGCAGCUUUGCGACCUGCGAACCCUUAUACGUAA